AUGACUUAUUUCAUGGCCUUUCAAGUAGGAGCUUCUUCCUCUUCUUCAUCUCUUUCCAUCUCUCCAUGGAAUCAUGAUGUAUUCUUGAGCUUUAGAGGUGAAGAUGUUCGCCAUAAUUUUAUUUCUCAUCUAAAUCAUGCUUUGCGUCAAAGUGGAAUCAAGACUUAUAUAGACAACAAUCUUGAAAGAGGAGAGAAAAUUUCACCUGCACUUUUCAAAGCUAUUGAAGAGUCACAGAUUUCGAUCAUUGUAUUCUCUAAAAACUAUGCAGAAUCUAGAUGGUGCUUAGAUGAGCUAUUGAAGAUUCUUGAUUGCAAGGAAAGAAUGCAACAAAUUCUUCUACCAAUUUUUUACCAUGUGGAUCCAUCAGAAGUACGGCAUCAAAAAGGAAUUUUUGGGGAAUCCUUUAAUAAACUUGGAGAUAAGCUCAAGGAUAAUGCAAAGAUGCUGAAAUGGAAGGCAGCUUUGAAAUUAGUAGCCGAUUUGUCUGGUUUUCCAUUAGCGAACUUCCGGGAUGAUGAGUCCGAAUUUAUCCAAAAAAUCAUUAUGUGGGUGAACCAAAAAAUAGUAAAGCGAAUGCCUUUAAGCGUUGCCAAGCAUCCAAUUGGGAUAGAAUCUCGUAUACGAGGCAUUUAUCAGCGUUUAAGUAUCGAAAGGAAUGAUAUUAUACGUGUGGUAGGGAUAUUCGGAACCGGUGGAAUUGGUAAGACAACUAUUGCAAACGAUAUUUAUAAUCAAAUUUCUUCUCAAUUUGAAGGAAGUUGUUUCUUGAGAAAUAUUAGAGAAACUUCAAAACAAGUAGGAGGUCUGAUUCAGCUACAAAAUACACUUCUUUCGGAGAUUUUAGGAACAAAAUUCGAUAUUAAUGAUGUCGAUAGAGGAGUCAGUGUAAUUUGGCAUAGACUUCAAUCUAAAAGGAUUCUACUAAUUCUUGAUGAUGUGGAUGACUUGGUCCAACUAGAAAAGUUAGCUAGAGAUCGUGCUUGGUUUGGUUAUGGAAGUAGAGUCAUCAUAACAACAAGAGAUCAACAUAUACUACAUAACUCUAAAGUUGAUUCAAAAUACGAGGUGAUGAAUUUGGAAGACAAUGAAGCUCUUCAACUAUUCAGCUUGUAUGCUUUCGAGAAAAAAGAACCGUUGAAGGAUUUUGUUGAUCUCUCCAAACAAGUAACAAACUAUGCUCAAGGUCUUCCACUAGCUUUAACAGUGCUAGGUUCGGAUCUAAAAGGCCGAAGUAUACAUCAAUGGAAAAGUGCAUUAGACAAGUAUAAAAGCAUUCCCAACCAAAACAUUCAGAGAGUACUUCAAAUAAGUUAUGAUAGUUUGGAAGAUAAUGAGAAAGACAUGUUCCUUGAUAUUGCAUUUUUCUUCAAAGGAGAACCUUUGGCUAAGGUCAUGGAAAUAUUUGAUAGUUGCGGUUUUUUUCCGAUUCUUGGUAUUCAGAGGCUUAUAGACAAGUGUCUUAUUACUAUUAUGCCGAAUAAUGAUGGAUAUGUUUGGAUGCAUGACUUGCUACAAGAUAUGGGUCGAGAAAUUGAACGAGAAAAAUCAUCCAAAGAUCCUAGCAAACGCAGCAGAUUGUGGUUUCACAAGGAUGUUCGUAAAGUGUUGGAAGAAGAUAAGGGGCGAAACGAAAUUGAAGGCAUGGUAAUAAAUUUACCUGAAGGUGAUGAGGAAAUAAGCUUGCAUCCUAAAGCAUUUCGAAAUAUGAAAAGCCUCAGGCUCUUUAUAAAUCGUAAUGCACGAUUUUCUUGUGGACCUAAUUAUCUCUCUGACGAGUUAAGAGUCCUUGAUUGGUAUAACUUUCCUUUACCAUAUUUGCCAAAUCAUUUUCAAGGGAAGAAUCUCAUUGUCUUUAGAAUGCAUGAUAGCAUCAUCAAGGAAUUAGGGAACAUAUUCAGGCCCAAGAAUUUGAGGACCAUGGCUUUCAAGUCUUGUAGUUACUUAAAAGAAAUUCCGGAUCUUUCAAGCACCCCUAAUUUGAAGGAAUUGACUCUCCAAUAUUGUACAAGAUUAGUUAAGGUGCAUGAUUCCGUUGGAUCUUUGGAAUAUCUUUCUACAUUGUGUUUUGGUGGAUGCUCUAAACUCCAAAUUCUUCCAAGAAGCCUUAAGUUGAGAUCUUUGUGCCGCCUUGAUCUUGAUGAUUGCUCAAGCCUUCGUGAUCUUCCUGAAAUCGAGUGUAAAAUAGAAGCUUUACGUGAAUUGGAUCUAUCUGGCACUGCAGUAGAAGAACUACCUUUAUCCAUCGGGAACCUUGUUGGACUUGAGCGAUUAUAUCUAUAUAAUUGCAAAAACCUUAUGCGUCUCCCAAUUGCUUUGAUCCAGUUGCAAUAUUUAGGCUGUCUUUCUUUUGAGGGAGUUACAAAUUUUGUAAAGAAGAUGAUGAGGGAUGAUGGACAAUCCCUUGAUCUGCCUAAUGAUUCUACAACAAUGGAAGGCAAUAUAUCAAAUUCAAGCACUGCAUUACGAGUAUCGAAUCUUCAAAUUAGUUGUUCCCAUUCAGAAUCAAAUUUCUUUCCACUAUAUUGUUUCUUUACCAUGUUUAAUUCCUCGACCAGCUUGCAUUCGUUAGCUUUAUCAGAGACUGAUAUUGUUAGCCUUCCCACGAACAUCAAAGAAUUCGUUAGACUAACUGGUCUUGACUUGACAAAUUGUCAUAAACUCGAAGAAAUAGCAGAGCUUCCUCCAAAUAUAAUAGAAGUAGAUGUUACUGGAUGCAAGUCACUAGAAAGAUUUUCAGAAGUAUCAAAAAUAUUGGAAUUCAAUGGAAACCACAUCAGAUCGCUACGUUCCAUUCAAUUGGAAGGCUGCGACAAAAUGAAUGAGAAUAUAUGGAAUGAUAAAGUGGAAAAUCCUUUAUUGUGGAAGGGACUCUAUGAUUACGACGCUGCUUUGUUUCCGGAAAAUCAUGAGAUUCCAAACUUGUUCAAAUAUGUUCAUGAGUUUUUAGAUAAUGAGACGGAGAAAGGGCCUGAUGAUGAUGCCCGACGGAGGGGAACAGAAGAAUGGGCAAUAGAUAUUGAGGGGCCACACUAUUUGGAGGAUAUUAGUGGAAUUAAUUUCUCAUGA